GUCACCGCAAUGUACGACUUCCUGAGCGCGGAAGAUCCCGGAUGUGGCCGAGCCUGUACUGAGACUACAGGGAGAGUUUUGCGCGGUUUAGCGCCCGAUUUUCUCAACAAUUCGGCCUAAAUUCGUCCUAAACUGAGACUUACAAGCAAUUUUGUCUUCUACAAAAGAUGUUCCGGGGGUGACGUGUCGAGAAAGUCACUGUUAGGGCACAUUUUUGGAGGCGAAAAGGUAGAUCAAGAGGAGUGGUUCUAGCGGAGUGAGCUCCCGUUCCACACUGCCAUCCUGGCGACGUCACGUGUGCCCAGCCCCCCACCACCCUCCGAGAUGUCCACACCAGUCGCCGAAAACUGGUGCUAUACCCAGGUGAAAGUGGUGAAGUUCUCGUACAUGUGGACCAUCAACAACUUCAGCUUCUGUCGGGAGGAGAUGGGAGAGGUGCUGAAGAGCUCCACCUUCUCAUCAGGAGCCAACGACAAGAUGAAGUGGUGCCUCAGGGUCAAUCCUAAGGGUCUAGAUGAGGAGAGUAAAGACUACCUGUCUCUGUACCUCCUGCUGGUCUCCUGUCCCAAAAGUGAAGUCCGUGCCAAGUUCAAGUUCUCCAUUCUCAACAGUAAGAGGGAAGAGACAAAAGCAAUGGAAAGUCAACGUGCGUACAGAUUUGUCCAGGGGAAAGACUGGGGGUUUAAGAAGUUUAUUCGGCGAGAUUUUCUUCUAGAUGAAGCCAAUGGAUUAUUACCGGAUGACAAACUGACCCUCUUCUGUGAAGUAAGUGUUGUUGCAGAUACUGUGAACAUUUCAGGGCAGUCCAACGCGUUACAAUUGAAGGUGCCUGAGUGCAAGCUUCCUGAGGACCUGGGAAACCUGCUGGAGAGACAGUCCUUCAGCGACGUGUCACUUCACGUAGGAGGGAAGGAGUUUCAGGCACAUAGAGCCAUCCUAGCUGCACGGUCACCAGUCUUCAAUGCAAUGUUCGAACAUGAAAUGGAAGAAAGCAAAAAGGGACGUGUAGAAAUCACAGAUGUGGAUGCAGAUGUGUUCAAAGAGAUGCUGCGGUUUAUAUACACAGGAAAAGCCCCAAACCUGGAGAAAAUGGCAGACGAUCUACUAGCAGCUGCAGAUAAAUAUGCCCUGGAGAGACUAAAGGUGAUGUGUGAAGACGCUCUGUGCUCGACCCUGACAAUCGACUCUGUAGCAGACACACUGAUCCUGGCAGACCUCCACAGCGCAGAACACCUCAAGGGGACAGCUAUCGACUUCAUCAACAGUCAUGCGACUGAUGUUAUGGACACAAGUGGCUGGAAGUCCAUGGUUCGGAGCCAUCCCCAUCUUGUUGCCGAUGCCUUCCGGGCGCUUGCCAGUUCACAAAGCCCUCCUCUGGGACCACCCCGCAAGAGAAUUAAACAGUCGUAGGAUUCUUCACUCUGAGGAUUUUGUAUGUUUGUUCAGGUUCGGUCUAUUGUACAUGUAUGGUCUUCACUUCCCUGCCUU